AUGGGGGUCCCUUUGCCGCUAUUCCGACAAGCGUUGAAAGGCAUAGAGGUUUCCGAACAUCUCCCGCAAGUUGCGGAGCAGGCGCACCAUCUCUCUAUCAUUCGCUCCAUGGUCUCACGUGAAGGCAAUCAUGAACGCGCACGCUAUCUAUUGCAUACCGGUUAUGCACCCGGCGGUGCCGUUAGACACCCAACCCUCGGUUCGUUCACCUCUUACUAUCUUGAGGAUAGCCUCUCCGAUCUUCCGAGUUGUGUUAAUAUUAAUUCACCGACGUACGCCGGCGGUUUCCUCGGUGCGACGCACGAUCCGUUUGUCGUCAAGGAUCCGAUGAAACCUGUAGAGGAUCUCUCUUAUCCUUCGCAGAUGGACACGCACCGUUUUCGCGAACGCCUGAAAAUGCUUAAAGCGAUUGAGGAAGAUUUUAUCGCGAAGCGGACUGGGCGCGGCACAGAAGCGCACGAAGCGGUUUACAAAAAAGCCGAUCAGCUCAUCAACUCCCCGAAAAUAGAUGCGUUUCAACUCAACGAGAGAACCGAUGGCUAUCCGCGAGGCAUACGGUAUGAAUAA